AAAAAGCAAUCUGGUAACUGUCGAUAUGAAAUGUCAAAAAACUGAACGAAAAUAGAAAAUAAUUUCUUUUUACGUCUGUGUGCGUUGUGAAAACGCGGAUUUUUUGCUCUUUUUUUGUGAUUGCAAGUAAAUAGAAAAUAUUUUUGAUUUUGCCACCAACAACAACAACAAGACCACACAAUACCACCAUUUUGGGCGAAUUGGGUACAUAUUUUUUUGUUUUCUCAUAAACUGACAGCAGCGAAAACGGCGAAGAAAAAAUAUUAAAGAGCACUGAAAAAUACACAGAAACGGAGGAAAAAAGUACAACGUCAUUUAAAAAAUACACAAAAGGACGCUUUGAAAAAAAUCAAAAAUACCUUAAAAAUAAAAAUAGAAUUUUAAUUAUUUUUGUACAAAGAUAUUAAAUUAUACACAAACAAAAAUGGCCGAUGAAGAUUUAUCAUUGAAUGAAGAUCAACUCUUGGAGAAUUUGGAUGAGGCCAAUGGUGAAAAUGAAACAGAACUAAUAAAUGAGGAGGAUAACAAUAUGCAGAUUGAUCCCGAAUUGGAAGCUAUAAAAGCUCGCGUCAAAGAAAUGGAAGAAGAAGCUGAAAAAAUUAAACAAAUGCAGUCGGAAGUGGAUAAACAAAUGGCCGGUUCGACAACGGGCUUAGCUACAGUUCCCUUGUCGUUGGAGGAGAAACAGGAAAUCGAUACCCGUUCAGUGUAUGUGGGUAAUGUUGAUUAUGGUGCAUCGGCUGAAGAAUUGGAGGCCCACUUCCAUGGCUGUGGCACAAUCAAUCGUGUGACUAUAUUGUGCAAUAAGGCUGAUGGUCAUCCUAAGGGAUUUGCCUAUAUUGAAUUUGGUUCCAAAGAAUUUGUUGAGACUGCAUUGGCCAUGAAUGAGACCCUAUUUCGUGGUCGUCAAAUUAAGGUUAUGUCCAAACGUACAAAUCGUCCUGGCCUCUCUACUACCAAUCGUUUCCCCCGUGGCAGUUUUCGUGGUCGUGGUGGUGCUCGUGUAUCCCGAGCAUGUUGUCAUACCACCACAUUCCGUGGCACCCGUCGUCCAAUAGGUUAUCGUGGACGUGUUAAUUACUAUGCUCCUUACUGAUUAAUAUUCUUACCUACUUUUAAUGAUUUUUUUUACAAUAUAUAAUGAUUUCAAAAAACAUUAUAUGAUUGCCAUAAUUACACAAAAAAUAAUAAAUAAAUCUUCUUGAAAAUACACAAAAAAUAUAUAUAUGUAGAAAAAGAUCCGAAAGAUAUAGAACUAAAAAAAAAAUACAUAUGAGAAACAAAAAAAAAAAAAAAAUGAAGAGGUGGAUAUGAGAUGCGAAAAAAAUAUUAAAACAAAAAAAUAUGAUGAAAAAAAGACGUUAAAGCAACAAAAAAUGUUAAAACCCUCUAAAAAAUAACUUAAAAAAAGUAAUGAAAGAUGUGAAGAAGAAGAUGAGAAGACUUAAGAGAACACGACAAUUAUUUCUAAUAGUAAAUGCAAUUUUUUACUAAAUAAAACAAUUACUAAAGUGGCUAAUAAUGUUUUUUGAAUGAUCACCAAAUAAAAUAUAUCUAUAUAUAUAUACGUAUAUAUCUGUAAAACCUUUUUAUUUUAAAACCACAAAAAA